GAAAGAGCGACCUGACGGUGGAUGCCGUGAAGCUGCACAAUGAACUACAGUCAGGGUCCCUGCGCCUGGGCAAGAGCGACGGCCCCGAGCCGGCCAUGGAAGAAGAGGCGGACCUGGCUGUCACCGACAAGUCCGGGGCCACCUUCCUCAGCGGCCUUUCCGACUGCACAAACGUCACGUUCAGCAAAGUCCAGCGCUUCUGGGAGUCCAACUCGGCUGCCCACAAGGAGAUCUGUGCCGUCCUGGCUGCUGUCACGGAGGUGAUCCGCUCCCAGGGAGGGAAGGAGACGGAGACCGAGUACUUUGCUGCCCUGAUGACCACCAUGGAGGCAGUGGACUCCCCUGAGUCCCUGGCAGCUGUGGCUUACCUACUGAACCUUGUCCUGAAGCGGGUUCCCAGCCCUGUGCUCAUCAAGAAGUUCUCUGACACCUCCAAAGCCUUCAUGGAGAUCAUGUCAACUCAGGCCAGCAGCGGCUCCACUUCUGUCCUCCGAUGGGUCCUCUCCUGCCUGUCCACUCUUCUUCGGAAGCAAGACCUGGAGGCCUGGGGCUACCCCAUGACCCUUCAGGUAUACCAUGGGCUGCUCAGCUUCACCGUGCACGCCAAGCCCAAGAUCCGGAAGGCGGCCCAGCAUGGAGUGUGCUCCGUGCUCAAGGGCAGUGAGUUCAUGUUCGGUGAAAAGGCCCCCGCCCAUCACCCUGCAGCGGUCUCCACUGCCAAGUUCUGCAUCCAGGAGAUUGAGAAAUCUGGAGGUGCCAAAGAGGCCACGACCACACUGCACAUGCUGACGCUGCUGAAGGACCUGCUAGCCUGCUUCCCGGAGGGCCUGGUGAAGAGCUGCAGUGAGACCCUCCUCCGGGUCAUGACCCUGAGCCAUGUGCUGGUGACAGCGUGUGCCAUGCAGGCCUUUCACAGCCUCUUCCACGCCAAGCCCAGCCUGGGCACCCUCUCGGCAGAGCUCAAUGCCCAGAUCAUCACGGCCCUGUACGACUACCUUCCCAGCGAGAAUGACUUGCAGCCCCAGCUGGCCUGGCUGAAGGUCAUGGAGAAAGCCCACAUCAACCUGGUCAGGCUGCAGCGAGACCUGGGGCUGGGCCACCUCCCUCGCUUUUUUGGGACUGCGAUGACCUGCCUCCUGUCCCCACACUCGCAGGUGGUGACCGCUGCCACCCAGAGCCUCAAGGAGAUCCUGAAGGAAUGUGUGGCACCCCACGUGGCUGACAUUGGCUCUGUGACCUCCUCAGCCUCGGGCCCUGCCCAGUCCGUUGCCAAGAUGUUCAGGGCGGUGGAAGAGGGGCUGUCGUACAGGUUCCAUGCGUCGUGGGGCUCCGUGCUGCAGCUGCUGUGCGCCUUCUUCGCGGCAUGCGGGAGGCAGGCCCACCCUGUGAUGAAGAAGUGUCUCCAGUCUCUGUGUGACCUGCGCCUGUCCCCUCACUUCCCUCACACGGCAGCUCUGGACCAGGCGGUAGGGGCUGCGGUGACCAGCAUGGGACCCGAGGUGGUGUUACAGGCUGUGCCUUUGGAGAUUGACGGCUCUGAAGAGACCCUGGAUUUCCCACGGAGCUGGCUGCUGCCUGUCCUCAGGGACCACAUCCAGGAGACCCGGCUUGCGUUCUUCACUGCCUACUUCCUGCCGCUGGCCACCACCCUGAAGAGCAAAGCGAUGGACCUGGCCCAGGAAGGCAGCACAGUGGAGGCCAAGAUCUACGACACGCUACAGUGGCAGAUCUGGACCCUCCUGCCUGGGUUCUGCACGAGGCCCACGGACGUGGCUACCUCCUUCAGAGGGCUAGCGCGGACCCUGGGCACGGCCCUCAGUGAGCGUGCGGACCUGAGAGUCGCCGUGUGCCAGGCCCUGCGCACCCUUAUCACCAAGGGCUGUGAGGCAGAGGCUGACCGUGCCGAAGUGAGCCGCUUUGCCAAGAACUUUCUGCCAAUCCUCUUCAACCUGUACGGACAGCCUGUCGCAUCUGGGGACUCUCCAGCCCCGCGCCGGGCUGUGCUGGAAACCAUCAGAACUUACCUGACCAUCACUGAGUCCCAGCUGGUGAAUGGUUUCCUGGAAAAAGCCAGUGAGAAGGUGCUUGACCCUGCCAGCUCUGACUUCACCAGACUGUCUGUCCUGGACCUGGUCGUGGCCUUGGCCCCCCAUGCCGACGAAGCUGCCAUCAGCAAGCUCUACUCCACCAUCCGGCCCUACCUGGAGAGCAAGGCCCACGGGGUGCAGAAGAAGGCCUACCGAGUGCUGGAGGAGGUGUGCGCCAGUCCCCUGGGCUCCGGGGCCCGUUUCGUGCAGAGUCACCUGGACGACCUGAAGAGCACGCUGCUGGGCACCUUGCGGAGCACGUCCUCACCGGCCAAGAGGCCCCGUCUGAAGUGUCUCAUACACAUUGUGAAGAAGCUGUCGGCUGAGCACGAGGAGUUCAUUGCUGCCCUUGUCCCGGAGGUGAUCCUGUGUACCAAGGAGGUGUCCGUGGGCGCGCGGAAGAAUGCCUUCGCCCUGCUGGUGGAGAUGGGCCAUGCUUUCCUGCGGUUCGGCUCAAACCAGGAGGAGGCCUUGCAGCGCUACCUCCUCCUGAUCUACCCUGGCCUUGUGGGUGCGGUAACCAUGGUCAGCUGCAGCAUCCUGGCCCUGACACACCUCCUUUUCGAGUUUAAAGGUCUGAUGGGGACUCGCACGGUGGGGCAGCUGCUGGAGAACGUGUGCCUGCUCCUGGCGUCCCGCACCCGCGACGUGGUCAAGUCCGCACUGGGCUUCGUUAAGGUGGCAGUGGUCGUCAUGGACGUGGCGCACCUGGCCAAGCACGUGCAGCUGGUGCUGGAGGCCAUCGGGAAGCUUUCGGACGACAUGCGGCGGCACUUCCGCACCAAGCUCCGGAACCUCCUCACCAAGUUCAUCCGCAAGUUCGGGUUUGAGCUGGUGAGGGGGCUGCUGCCUGAGGAGUACCACAAAGUCCUGGUGAACAUCCGGAAGGCCGAGGCCCGGGCCAAGAGGCACCGUGUCCUGAGCCAGGCUGCCACGGAGGAGGACGAGGACGAGGAGGAGGAGCCCACCCAGGGCAGAGGCGACAGCAUUGAAGAGAUUUUAGCUGACUCGGAUGGUGAGGAGGACGAGGAGGAGGAGAGAAGCCAUGGCAAGGAGCAGCGGAAGCUGGCUCGACAGAGGAGCCGGGCCUGGCUGAAGGAGGGUGGUGGCGACGAGCCCCUCAACUUCUUAGACCCUAAGGUGGCCCAGCGUGUCCUCGCCACACAGCCCGGGCCAGGCCGGGGCAAGAAGAAAGACCACGGCUUCAGAGUGAGUGCCGACGGCCGGCUGAUCAUCAGGGAGGAGGGGGACGGCGACCAGGUGGAAGAAGAGGAGGCCAAUAGAGGCGAGGAUGAAGAGAUGGCCGACCUAAUGGAAGACGCGGGCAUCAAGAGGAAAAGGCACCAGAAGCUUAAGCAUGGAAAAGAGGCAGAGGAGGAGGAGCUAGAGUUACCACCUCGGUACCAAGCUGGAGGCUCCGGCAUCCACCGGCCUGUGGCUAAGAAGGUUGCACCCGGGGCUGAGUACAAAGCCAAGAAAGCGCAGGGCGACGUGAAGAAGAAAGGCCGGCCUGACCCCUACGCCUACAUCCCCCUGGUUAGAGCCAGACUCAACCGCAGGAAGAAGGUGAAGCUUCAGGGACAGUUCAAAGGCCUGGUGAAGGCCGCUCACCGGGGCGCCAAGGCGGGGCACAAACUCCGCAGGAAGGAUCGCAGGUCCUGAAGUGCCUGGCUGGGCCCCCCGAGGCCCCGGCACUUCCCCAACACCCUGGGACUCUGGCGGAGCCUGGACUCAGAAUGGCUAGUUGGAACCAGUGCUCAACUCCCGGAGACGCCCAGGAUUUUGGAAGCUCCAAACAGGAACCAGCCUCUAGAGCCAUCUCUGGUGUGCAGAGAUGGGAACGCGGCCUCGCUGCCUCUGAGCAUCCUGGUGAGGGCCGUGCUCCGCCCAGGCUGGCCGUGAGCACAGAGUGGACAGCCCUGCUGACCCUCCUGCUGCUCGUGGCCGCGUGCCCUCCCACCAUGGCUGUGGUCUGGUGUGUGAGUCACUGUGACCAGAUUCAGAAUAAACAUGCGUCGUCCUGAAAACA